CAAGAAACAUGUUAAAGCAUGCUUUAAUUUGAAAAACAGAAGUUUACCACCACUCAAAUUUUGUUACUCAUAUUUUUGGUUAACAUAUUUAAAAGUAAGAAUAAAGCUAUUUGAGUGUGAAAACUUCACGUCGAUUCAAAACAUGUCUUCGUACUCGAAUCGAACAAGCAACUUCAGCAGUGCAUCUGUGAGUCCUCGGGGAGGCGCAACUCCGAGUGCAAUCGGGACGUCAACGCCGACGAUGCGGGGAUACAACAUGUCUUCCGAGACUCCUGGAAGCGGGCAUCUUAGUGGGUCGGCAACUCCAGGGGGAUACCAGAGUUCGGUGAGUCAGAUGUCAAACGUUACGGCGGGGUCAACCGAGGGCAACAACCUUUAUCUGAUUAGUCCGACGUCAGCUGCUGUUGUGAAUCUUCCUGUUGAGCCGACAUCAUUUGCACCUGUGGAAAUUGACACAAACGACUCUAGCAAGUUGAAGGACAUGAUUCAAGAUCAGCACGCUCAAAUCAUGAAGUUGCACCUUGACCUUGAGGUCAUCAGAGGUCAGAAGCAACACAGUCUCUUCCACGACCCCAACCGAAAGACGAUCACAUCAGCCGCUGACCACGAACUGAGACGACUACUGUCGGAAAUCGAGGCUCUGAAGAACACCAGCCGAAUGAAAAACUCAGCACGGGAAUCGGAGAUCGCAAAGCUAAAAGACAAUUUCCAACUUUUAGAGCAAGAACUGCGCGAUGAAAUUGAAGAGCGGGACCGCAAGACGAAAGAGUUCGAGAGAGCGGAGAAGGAGAGAUUUGACAACUCAAGCAAGGCUUUCGAAGAGACUAUUUUCAAUCAGGAAACAAUGAUCAAAAAGUAA